UCAUAUGAAGAGAAGGAAUUCUGCCUCAGCUUUUGUCUCGAGCUGCAGGAACACACGCAAUGGUCAGCAUGACAAGCUCACACACCAUGCAGUAUAUCGGACUUCUGCUGCUGGCUGCAAUUCUCCUUCAAACAAUAGCAGUGGCUGUAACGUUCAUAUACUUCAGCAACGUCUUAUCGACGAUGAAAGAAACCUUCUCCAAGAGCAGCGUGUCGUGUCUGAUGCGCGCCAAUCUCAGGACGAUAAAGGGUCAGGAGCUGAACGCGGCGGAGGGGAAAGACGACCCCUGCUGGCAGGUCACGCAACAGCUACACUUUCUGAUUGAAAAGUCAAUGUCCAGCCGUUAUCAGAAAGAAAUCUCAUCCGCCGUCAAAGAUGAAGUCUCGCGUGUACUUCCCUCAUUGGUGAUCCAAGAUCAAGAUGAUCCUCCUCGGCCUAAGAUCGCUGCGCAUGUGACUGGAAGCUAUACACCAGAAGCAGAGAAAGAUGGAGGAGGUCUACCGAACAGGAAGGUUUACGGCCAGAAGAUCCAGUCGUGGGAGUCCGAAAAAGGUCUGGCUUUCCUCCAGAACGUGGAGUUGAGUGACGGAGAAUUGGUGGUGCCACAGGCCGGCCUCUAUUACAUCUACUCCCAAACUUACUUCAGACACUCGCUCAUCGAGGAAGAGCAAAGUGACCGCGAGGAAGAGGACGGCACAUCGGGCGAAUCGGUCCGGGGGAAACCGAUGUUGCAGUACGUUUAUAAAAAAGUAAGCUCGUAUCCGGUGCCCAUACUGCUGAUGAAAAACGCCCGGACGACGUGCUGGUCACGUGACACCGAAUACGGCCUGUAUUCCAUCUACCAAGCGGGGCUUUUUCAGCUCGGAGGAGGAGACCGGGUGUUUGUGACGGUCAGCAAUGUAAGCACCAUCGACAUGGACGAGAAGUCCAGCUUCUUCGGAGCGUUUUUGGUCAGCUAGUGAUACACAGCCUGAAAAAUCGCACCUCACGGUUUGUUUUGAACUCCCAGAUGAGCGACAGGACUCGGCUUGCUCGGUAUUCCUACCUGAGGUUUUUUUGAACAGAUGCCAAGUGCCUUAAAGCAUUUGGACGCUCUUGCCGAGAUGCUCCGUCUCUUGCCAAAACAGUUAACAAUGAUUGAUGAGAGCAUGGAAAGGUGCAAAUAUUUGGCGCUUUUUUAACAUUCGGCCAGCGGAUCUGAUCGUAAAUCAGUUCAUUGGUGAAAUGCGUUGGAGCUCUAUCCCAGCACGUCUGCCUGGAGGGGCGACGGAAAGCGAGGGGCUUGCCAGGUCGUUUUGGAAGCGAGUCGUUUGGACGGUGCGUCUGUCCGGGCAGGAAAAAGAAGGUGCGACUUUAAGCGAGACUUUUGCGCCUGCGGAGGAGCUGCAGGCUUUUACUGUGUGCUUCUGUCCUCCUUGGACAUGUGACUGCAUUGCCUUUUUCAAAUGUUUAAAAGACAAACUGGAUAUUGGGAUGUAGAAAUGCGGUCGGAGAGACUUGCACAAUCUUUGCGUUUUACAAAUCAUGCCUUGAUUGUAUUAUUGACAUAUUGUGAUUGUCAGUUUCAGCACUAUUAAUGUGUUUGAAUGAGUUUGCGAGUGAAGGAGUUGUUUUUAUUCCAUAAUUCUUUCCUAAAGCAUUAAUCUUACAUUUGCUAAAUGUGAAAAUCACUGUGAUGGUAAAUUGUCUUGUACAUAUUGUCUUUUGUAUAUACAUUUACCAGCACUGAACAUACACUGUGGAAUGUAUAGACAUCUGAGAAGACACUCGAGUCUUUUCACCCUUCUGCAUUUUAGUAUGGUCUUUUUAGUGUUUCGGUUUUAUUCUUUUUGUAACAUUUAAUCUGAAACAGACUGUCAGUUAAACAGUAACUAUGUACGUUACAGUACACUGUGUUCUCCCCUUCUGGAUAUUUUUUCUUAUCCAGGCCAUAAUCUUUCAUAUUAAAUAUGCACAGUAUACAUAAAAAAAAACAAUCAUUGGAUGAUUCAUUUUAUUAU